AGCGCACUCAUCUCGAUGGAUUCCCUACCCCAACACCAUUCACUCUCGCCACUUCGACCCGUACGAGGAUGCCGAAGAACCCGCACCCCCCGCGCGGCGGCGGUGGUUCCAAAAAGUCCGCCCCGUCUCCCGCUAACGCCGAGGACACGAGUUACAUAGUCUUCUCCAAUGCGAAGGGCGACUCGAAGAAGAACAAGAACAAGAGCGAUGCCGCGCAAGGAGCCUCCGACAAUAGCAAGGGCAAGGCCAAAGGAAAGAGUGCUGUUGAGCUGCACGAGGCCGGUCCUCCAAAGCCCGACACCCGCACCAUAAUCGGCGGCGCAUCAUGGACUGGCAAGCUCCCGGUCAACAUGCUCUCUGAACACUGUCAGAAGCAGAAAUGGGAGAAGCCCGAUUACACUAUGAACAAAGUCAAGAACGGCUUCGUCGCGCACGUUAACCUCAAGUACACUAACCCCAAGACACGGGAGACGACAACAGUUCCCCCAGUAAGGCUUCCUGUGGAACAACAAGAUCUCGGGGUCCAACCUACUGCCCUGGAAGCGCGUCAUUUUGCCGCAGCCUAUACUCUCUUCCGGGUAGCCAACAUGAAGAACAUCCACAUGAUGAUGCCGCCCACCUACCGCGACCUUUGGAAAGGACCAUUUACGGAUAUGAAGAAAACGGACACAAAGGAAGGGAAAGGAUGGAUGUACGAGGCUGAUCCUUUCGUGGCAUUCAAGGAGCGGGAGGCUGUCAAAGCCGAAGCCGCUAAGAGGCGCGAGGAGACUGCCAAACAAAAGGAUAAGGAACAAAACCAGCCCAAGGGCCCAGGCCAGGCUAGCAGUAACAGUAACCUCAUGCGGGGCUGGACUCGGGUACCAAAGAUCGACAUGGGUAAGAGAAUCAGGACGGAAAUUGAAAGCCUCAUCAGACGUGAUGCUGUGUGGAAUCCGCACAAUGUUCAAAUGCCAAAGGACCAGCGUGCUCGUGUCAUAAAGGAAAUCACCGAGCUUGGUUUCCGCAAGAGCCAUGUUGAGGAAGCGGCAGAAGUUUGCAAGGAUCGCGAGGAAAUACUGGAAUGGCUCCUUAUUCAUGUUCCCGAGGACGAUCUCCCCAGCUGGAGUUUACCGGAGGGAUAUACCGCAGGGAUCAGUAUGGCUAGUGGAAACCUCAAACGAGAAGCUGCCAUUAAACGCCUAGCCGCUACCGGUUAUGCCGUGGAACUUUGCGAAGAGGCGUUGGAUGCCUUUCGUGGAGAUGAAGCCAAGGCAGCUGGCCUGCUACAAGCUCGUUUGCUUGGCGAUGAUCAGCUUGCAGAGCAACUCUCAAGCUUGGAUAUGAGCGAGUCCAACGAAACCUAUGAGAAAAUGGAUGACCCGUGGGCUGAAGAGCAGACUACUCUGUCGGCCAUUUAUGACGAGAAGUAUAAUUUAAGCAGUCCCGAUCAGUGCCAGAUCCGGCUUGAGGUCACUGGGGACAACAAAACGGACUUCUCCUUGCAUGUUCGGAAGCCUUAUGGUCCAUACCCGAAUGUCCUCCCUAUCAUCUCGAUCCAAGCGAAGAUUCCAGCUUAUAUACGCCUCAGCAUAAUUAAACAGGUAUUAGCACAGGCACAAGAAAGCUUCCUCGGAGAACAAAUGAUCUUCAACAUUGUGGACUGGCUAGAGCAUGAGAUACCCGGCGUCAUCGAAAAUCCAGGUCGUCUCACUGAUGUUUCCUCUGCAAUUGCUGCCGCCGAUACCGGCGCGCACACGAAAGAAGUCCAAAAGAAGGAGGGUCGUCAACGCCGCCCAAGGCGUGUUGACUGGCGGCCCGGUACUCCAAGCAGCUUGCGUAUACUUGAAGGGUGGCAGUCGAGGCUUAAUAGCUCAGCUGGUCAGCGUAUGUUACGCGCUCGUCAAAAUCUUCCUGCGUGGCAGUUAGAAGAGGCUAUUGUAGAGGCCGUGAAUAAGCACCAAGUUGUUAUCAUUUCGGGAGAGACAGGAUCCGGAAAGUCGACUCAGUCCGUACAAUUUGUGCUGGACGAUCUGUAUCGACGUCAACUCGGCGAAGCAGCGAACAUCGUUUGCACUCAACCACGACGUAUCUCCGCGCUGGGUCUAGCAGACAGGGUGGCUGACGAGCGAUGUGGUGCUGUCGGUGACGAAGUCGGAUACUCUAUCCGCGGCGAGUCGAGAUACAAGCACGGCGUCACAAAGCUUACCUUCAUGACGACCGGUGUUCUGCUCCGCCGAUUGCAGACCUCUGGUGGUCGUCCUGAGGAUGUUGUGGCUUCUUUGGCAGACAUCACUCACGUCGUUGUCGACGAAGUUCACGAGCGUAGUCUCGAUACCGAUUUCCUUCUCGUCCUGCUUCGGGACGUCCUCAAGCAGCGCAAGGACCUUAGAGUCAUUCUCAUGAGUGCCACGCUUGACGCGGACAUGUUCGCAAACUACUUCAAGCCGGCAGUCGGUGCAGUUGGGAUGAUUGAGAUCCAAGGCCGCACUCAUCCUGUGACUGACUUCUACGUCGACGACGUGGUCCGCAUGACAGGCUUCAAUGGGCACACCACGGAUGAAGACUGGGACGAUGGGUCUGCGCAAAAGGGAAUUAGUGAUACGCUGAGAAGUAUCGGCAUGGGUAUCAACUACGACCUGAUUGCGAAGACUGUACGGCAUAUAGACUCGGAGUUGGGGACCCAGGAUGGCGCAAUUUUGAUCUUCUUGCCUGGAACCAUGGAGAUCGACAAGACGCUACAGGCUUUGCGUUCGAUGCCAAACGUUCUUGGCCUUCCCUUACACGCAUCUCUUCUCCCAGCAGAACAACGUCGCGUUUUCCCUCCAGCACCCAAGGGAAUGAGAAAAGUCAUCGCCAGCACGAACGUUGCCGAGACUUCUAUCACCAUCGAGGAUGUGGUAGCUGUUAUUGAUACGGGUCGCGUCAAGGAAACCAGCUUCGACCCUUCGAACAACAUGGUCAAGCUGGCUGAGACUUGGGCGUCGCGUGCAGCGUGCAAGCAGCGUCGCGGUCGUGCAGGACGUGUCCGGGCGGGCAAAUGCUACAAGCUGUAUACACGUAAUGCCGAACAGAGCCAGAUGAUGGAACGUCCAGACCCGGAGAUCCGACGCGUGCCGCUAGAGCAGCUGUGUCUCUCAGUCAAGGCAAUGGGUGUCAAGGAUGUUGCAAGCUUCCUCGCUGGCGCGCUCACGCCGCCAGACAGCAUCGCGGUCGAAGGCGCCGUCGACCUGCUUGGCCGCAUCGGCGCUAUCGAUGGCGAAGAAAUGACCGCGCUCGGAAGACACCUGGCCGUCGUGCCCGCCGAUCUGCGUUGCGCGAAACUCAUGAUCUAUGGCGCAACGUUCGGUUGCUUGGAGGCCUGUCUUACGAUUGCCGCGAUCCUCACCAUUCGCAGCCCCUUCGUCUCGCCCCAGGCUAAACGCGAAGAGUCCAAAGCUGCCCGCUCGUCCUUCGGCAAGGGCCAGGGCGACUUAAUUGCCGAUCUACGCGCGUACGAGAGCUGGAUCGCAGUGCGGGAGAAGGGCGUUGGCGCGCGCGACGUGCGCUUCUGGUGCGAGGAGAACUUCCUCAGCGUAAACACGCUCAACGACAUCAGCAGCAACCGGCGACAAUACCUGUCUUCGCUGCAGGAAACAGGCUUCAUUCCGUUAAGAUACUCAUCCUACUCCGCACAGCAGCAGCAGCAGCAGCAGCAGAGCGCGAACCUGAAUCGUCACAAUACGAACGACGCGCUGCUGCGCGCGCUCGUGGCCGGCUCGUUCAACCCUCAAAUCGCGCGCAUAGACUUCCCGGACAAGAAGUUCGCGGCGUCGGUGUCUGGCGCGGUGGAGCUGGACCCAGAGGCUCGCACGAUCAAGUACUUCAACCAGGAGAACGGGCGCGUGUUUGUACAUCCGUCGAGCACGCUGUUCGACGCGCAGGGCUUCCCGAGCGGCGCGACGUUCAUGAGCUAUUUCACCAAGAUGGCGACGAGCAAGAUUUUCAUUCGGGACUUGACGCCGUUUAAUGCGUACACGCUCCUCCUCUUCUCCGGCCCCAUCACGCUGGACACGCUGGGCCGCGGCAUCGUCGUCGACGGAUACCAUCGCUUGCGCGGCUGGGCGCGCAUCGGUGUCCUUGUCAGCAGGCUGCGCAUGAUGCUGGAUGAGGCGCUAGCGAGCAAGAUCGAUGACCCGAGCAUGGAUCUCGCGGGAAGUGACGUCGUGGGUGUUGUGAGGAGGCUGGUAGAGCUGGAUGGACUGGAUAGGUAACGGCGAGUGAGUUCGUUGCGUUGACUUGGGUCUGGGUUAUUGGGCUUUGGAAUGUAGAGGUAAAGAGCGUGGUUAGAGUUGUUUGCGUAGAUGGGGUUGAUUUGGUUGAGCUUUUUAGAGAGCUUUGGAAGGAGUUUCUGCUUUGCUUGGAUUCUUCUGGCUUUUUGUCAUGUUGAUUGGCUUCUUUUUUCGGAGAAAUGACUUCUCUAUAUGAACGCUUAGCUGCUCCAUCAACGUUGACAAUCUCAAUCCCAACCCGCUUAAACCGUCUCAGG